AUGAUGCGCCAGCGUCUGACGCAGCGUCUAGAUUCAAACUGGUCGGCGGUUAAGAAAAAAACAAGUGAGGAGGGCUUAAAGCAGCGUACAGAAAAUAACCAAAAUUAAAAAUCCAAGAUGUCCAAGACAUUGAAAGGAAUCACUCUGAAGGGGAGUGCGGAACUCGUUGCUGAGUUUUUCUCGUUCGGAAUCAACAGCAUCUUGUACCAGCGAGGAAUCUACCCAGCAGAAACCUUCACCAGAGUUACACAAUAUGACAUGAGCCUUCACCUGACCACAGAUGCAAAGCUGAAGAACUACCUCACUAAUGUCGUCUCACAACUCAAAGAAUGGUUGUUUGAUUGCACAGUUCAGAAGCUGGUGGUUGUCAUCACAUGCCUGGAGACCAAUGAGGUGCUGGAGCGAUGGCAGUUUGAUAUUGAGUGUGACAAGACCGCAAAUGAGAGCAGCGCACCCAGGGAGAAGUCCAUAAAAGCUAUCCAAGAGGAAAUCCGUUCCGUUAUCAGACAGAUCACUGCCACAGUCACCUUCUUGCCGUUAUUAGAAACUGCCUGUGCUUUCGACCUUCUGAUCUACACAGACAAAGAUCUUGAGGUACCUGAGCAAUGGGAGGAAUCUGGGCCUCAACUAAUUGACCAAUCAGAAGAGGUCCGCUUGCGUUCCUUUACUACUUCUAUUCAUAAGGUGAACAGCAUGGUGGCCUACAAGAGGACAAACUCCAUUUGAUUUCUUUCUUCUUCUUUUCUUUUUUUUGUGCUCUGUUCUCUUUUUUUGUUUUGUGUUCUAUUCAACUUUUCAGUCUUCUGUAUAUAUCUACAUAAAGCUCAUUUCUUAUUUGUUGUCAUUUUAAAGAAU